AUGGCUGAUCAAGAACCAACGUUUACCAAUUUCUGUGAUGAAAAACGUUUUUCAUUAUCAUAUGAUGCAUUGAAUACCAUGCGAAGAAAUAAUCAAUUUUGCGAUGUGCUAUUUGUAGUUGGAGAUAAAAAAAUAGCAGCACACAAAGUUAUACUGGCUUCUCACAGUAAUUAUUUUAAUAAAAUGUUUACUGGACAUUUCAAAGAUACUGAAUUUUUGGAGGUUACAAAUGUAGAGAUCACUCCUGAUUCACUUGAGCUAUUAUUGGAUUUUCUAUACACGUCACAAUUAAAAAUAAAUGAUUCUAAUGUGCAGGAUUUAUUAAUGGGAUCAAAUUUUCUAUUGCUAGAUGAUGUGAAAAUGGAAUGUUUAAAAUAUAUAGAACAAAAGAUUGAUAUUGAAAACUUUAUGACAUUAAAUAGUAUUGCCGAUAAAAAUAAAAUAAGAGAACUGCAUGAAUUAUUUUUGUCAUAUAUACUGAAAAAUUAUAAGAACAUUGUUAAAUCAAAUACAUUUUUAUCCUUUUCAUUUGAAUUGAUUAUGGAACUUAUUCAAAGUGACGACUUGUGUGCAGAAGAAGAAGAGGUUUACGAAUCUACUAUGAUGUGGUUGAAAUACGACUUAAAAGAACGUUUAAAAUACUUGCCAGAGUUAAUUAAGUCCAUUCGGUUAAGUCUAAUAUCAGUUGAUUAUUUGGAUAGUACUGUUCAAGAAGAGGAUCUCAUUCAAUCUGAUAAUUCAUGUAUGCGUUGCUUAGUACAUGCCUAUAAAGUACACCGGCAGACAACGACCAUGGAUAAUGAAUCAGUAUCAACUUACAAUAUUACACAUCGAAAAUUCACUCAGAAAUCACAGUCAUUUAAUAUUCUUGGAAAUCAACAUUUUAAAGAUGAUAACAUUUCACGACUAAAAAAUUUUUUGCUUAUAAAAGAUUCACCAGAAUUUAUGUCAUUCGAAUUUGAACAGAUAAUGGAACUAAUUAAAAGUGAUGAUUUAUGUGCUGAAGAAUUACAAGUUUAUGAAGCAGUUAUUACUUGGGUAAAAUAUGAUGUGAAAAAUCGUUCUGAAUUAUUUCCUAAGUUAUUCCUCUCAAUUCGCUUACCAUUAAUACAAGUUGACGACUUGAUCAAUAUUGUUGAAAAUGAAGAACUAGUGUCUUCAAAUUCAAUAUGUAUGGACUUUUUACUUAAUACAUACAGAAUUCUUGCACUUGAAAGAAAUGUAUCAAUGAAAACAUCAAAAUCUAGUGAAUUAAAUAUUUUCAACUAUAGAAAUCAUAAAUCAAAACAAGUUAUAGUGUUAUACAGAAUAUCAGAUCAUUCAAAAAUAGAGUGGUAUGACAAAAUUAACAAUACUUUUUAUGAAUGUUCAUUAACUUGGUAUUGUGACGAUACCACGUCAAAUUUAAUAUUAAAAGAUGGUAGAAUCUUUAGUAUUAGUUGUAAAGAUGGAGUUAAUUCAGUUCAAUUAUAUGAUGGAAAUCUUAAUACAUGGAAGUCCAUAAGUACUCCUCAUUUUGUUCAUAAGUAUUCAAGUAUUAUACAAUUUUAUGACCAAGUUUAUGUAAUGUCUUCCAGUGGUUCAGAGUAUUAUGAUAUUCUAAGUGAAACAUGGCAAGAAGUUAAGUUUAAAAUAACGGGAAUACACAAAAUAAAACUUGCAGUAGUUUCCAAUUUAAUUUAUGGAGUUUGCAAAACAAAAGCUUUUUAUUAUGAUCCAAAAACCGACUUUGGUCAAUUAAUCAGUCCUCCAAGUGAUAUAUAUACAGUAUAUUCAAUUUGUUCAUUUAAUAACCAAUUGCAUUUGAUUGGUUGCAAAUAUAUUACAAACCAGUUUGGAGGUCAAAGUCAUUGUAUUAUUUAUGAUAAGUUCAAUCAACAAACCAAUAGAUGGAGUAGAGUUACACAAGAACUUAUAGAUGGUAGAGCACCAGGUGUUGUUGUACUGGAUGAAAAACUACACCUGAUUGGCGGUGAAAAUAAUAAUUCUAUUCAAUUUUACGAAUCUGAAUCGAGUUCUUUUAAAGCUAAGAGUGAAGUACGUAUGCAAUCUUCAAAACAUAAUGACACACAAGUAUUUGUAGUCGAUACAGAAAGUAUAAAUCCAAAUAAUAUUUUGAAAUAUUAUUCCACUAAUGAAAUUUAA